AUGCGCCUGCGCCUGCGCCUGCGCCUGCGCCUGCGCCUGCGCAGCACGUCGGCGCGCGUCGACGCCGGCCUGGGGCGAGCGUGGUUGACGCUUACGUCGACGACGCCCGGGAGGGCGAGGACGUGGGGUUUCCGAGAGUGCGCAGUGAGUGCGCCGGCGGCGACCCUUCGGCCUCGUGCGGGAGGGGGCGACGCUGACAUGGGGGCGGCGGCGGCAGAGGCGGACCGCACGCUCUUUGUGGGCAACCUGGAGACGAAGGUGACCGAGGAGCUCCUCUUCGAGCUUUUCCACCAGGCUGGGCCUGUAGUAAAAGUGAAAAUCCCCAAAGAUAAGGAUGGUAAACCAAAGCAGUUUGCAUUUGUGAAUUUCAAGCACGAAGUGUCUGUUCCUUAUGCGAUGAACCUACUUAAUGGAAUCAAACUUUUUGGGAGGCCCAUCAAAAUUCAGUUUAGAUCAGGAAGUAGCCAUGCCUCACAGGAUGUCAAUUUGUUGUAUCCCCAGCAUCAUCUUGGAAACUCAAGCCCUACCUCUACAUCUCCCAGCAGGUAUGAAAGGACUGUGGAUAAUAUGACUCCAUCAGCACAGAUAAUUCAGAGAUCUUUCUCUUCUCCAGAAAAUUUUCAGAGACAAGCAGUGAUGAACAGUGUUUUGAGACAGAUGUCCUAUGGUGGGAAAUUUGGUUCUCCACACCUGGAUCCAUCAGGAUUUUCCCCAUCACAUAGUCACAGUUUCAACCAGUCUUCAAGCUCCCAGUGGCGCCAAGAUACACCAUCAUCACAGCGUAAAGGCAGACAGAAUUCUCAUCCCUAUAUACCAGAUAGACAUUAUAGCCGAGAACAGCGUUACAGUGAUCAUGGGUCUGACCAUCAUUACAGAGGAAGCAGAGAUGACUACUUCUAUGAAGAUAGAAAUCCCGAAGGCUGGAGCCAUGACUAUGAUAACAGAAGAGACAGUAACCGAGAUGGAAAAUGGCGUUCAUCUCGACACUAAACAAGUAUUAAAAGGACAAUGUUGUUAUAGGAUCAUUCUAGGCCCUUUGGCUCAUUUGGCCUGGAAAUGUUUUGUUAAACUGUACAGAGCAGCUUUACAAGUUGCCACUUUUCUUUAUCAAAUUUUUAAAACCUAUAGCUAGUCUAAUACAGAAAUAAGAGUUGUGGUUCCAAUUUUAUUACAUUAAUAACCUUUCACCUCAGGGUUUUAUGAAGAGGAAAGGGUUUUAUGCAAAAGAAAGUGCCACAAUUCCUAAUCAUUUUAGACACUUGAGGAAGGGAUGUAUUAUAUUAGUUGUAUUAUAAAGCAAAUAUUUUAAUUAUCUGUUAUCUUUUUGUAUUGCAAGAAGUUUCUUGUUAGUGAAUCAGAUUUUGGUGUGUAUAAUAGAAAACAUUCGAGUUCGGUAGUCUGAAAUGACUAUCAGUAUUUUGUUAAUAAGAAAAUGUAAUUUCAGUGAUACAGUUUACUUAGAAAGCUUAUUGGUAAAGUUUGGGGAUAAAUCAUACUGGAGGUAGAGAAUUUUUAGUGUAAGUUCUGUGACAUGGUCUUUUGAGUUUUACUCUAAGUGAACAUAAAAUUGUAAAUUUAUAUAUGCUAUCUCAUUCUAAAAUUUUAGAAUUUGCUCAUUAAAUCAUUUUGAUGUAUAACUAAAGUCACUCAGGAAGUUAAAUAUUUCUAAAUGUAUUUUUUUACAUUAAAAAUACAGUGUUAAUAUAAAUCCCCCUUGUCAGGAAGAACACAAAUGUAAAUGCGUAGUUGGAUUAAAAAUGGUAAAAUGUUUUACUGAAAGUAUGCUUUUUUGAGGGGAAAAAAAGGUUCAUGAAGCCGUUAAGUGCUGCCUCUAUCACUCACAUUUUAAAAAUGUUAACAUUUUCAAAGUGCCCAGGACAUGUGUACAAGGAUACAUUUUAUUAUGAAGCUUGUACAGGUUGUUUUUUGGUUUGAGCAUUUGAAAGAAUUUAGUCUUAAACAUUUUCUGACUUAAAAAUUUUAAAAUCUUGUUUAACAGAACUUUUGUGUAUCAAGAUGCAGUUUUCCUUUUGUUGUAGAACUUGUUUAUAAAAAAAAUCAUUCCUUGAAAAAUUUGGAUCCUUUUUAGUAUUAACUACAGCAUUUGUACUCUGUUGCUUUUUAAUAUAUUGAAAACAUAAAAUGAA